AUGGCUUCUUUGUGGAUAUAUGCGUUGUCUAUCUUGAUCUUGUAUGGCGCAAGCAAACUCCUCCGAAUGGGGGCUCGUGAGCGAAGUCUACCUCCAGGCCCGCCAACAGUGCCUGUUCUCGGUAAUCUUCAUCAGAUACCUUUAACAGGAUUCUACAAAAAAUUACUUGAAUGGGGAGAGAAAUAUGGGAGCAUCUUCUCAUUAAAAGUGGCCUCUGGAACAACCGUGAUCCUCCUUGAUCGAAUGGCAAUCCACCAACUACUCGAGAAAAAGGGUUCCAUUUACUCAGAUCGACCUAGAGACCAUGUGGUGUCGAUUAUUGAUUCGGGUGGAUUAGCCCUGUGGGAUAAAAAUGCUCACUGGAUGAUGCAGAGAAAGGUGACAUCCUCGAGCCUUUCCCCAUCUCAGGUCGAAGGAAAGCUCCGCCAGAUCCAAGAAGCUGAGUCCGCGAUUUUGAUUCGUGAUCUUGGACUCACUCCCCAGAGAUUCUUUGAGCAUGUCAAACGCACCAUUUUCUCGAUUAACGGUAUCGUUUCCUGGGGGUUCAGGGCACCGACUUAUGAUAGCUGGUGGGCAUCUGGAGCGUGUGACGUGUCGGAUGAAUUCUUCUCAGGCAUCACACCCGGCGCAUAUCCGCCGGUGGAUCAGUUCCCUUUCCUAAAAUAUUUGCCUGAUCUGAUGAGCCCGUGGAGAAUACGUGCCCAGCAACUGAAGAAAAGAGUCGAUGCUUUCUGGGGUGACGCACGACGACGCCUGGAUAAAAGACGUCAAAAGGGCGACAAGCGAGAUUGCAUCGCAGAUAAUCUGCUAGAUGGAACUCAACCCAUUGAUAUGCCUCUUACAGACCGACAAUUUAACGAUUUUUUGGGUUUCCUCGUUGCAGCAGGGUCAGACACCACCUCCGCAACUACUUUAACCUCGAUUCGUUACCUUGCGGGCCAUCCUCAUGUACAGAAAAAAGCCCAGGCUGAACUCGAUGCUACGUGCGGAGCGGAUAGACUACCUCUUUGGUCGGAUUAUGGCAAGCUUCCUUAUAUAAACUGUAUUAUCAAGGAAGGCAUGAGAAUCCAUCCUGUGGUGCCUGUAGUCUUUCCACAUCGUGCUCGACAAGACAAUUGGUACCAGGACAUGUUCAUCCCUCGAGAUUCGCUGCUUCUCAUACCCGCCUGGGCUCUCCAUCACUCCGAAGGUUGUGGGUACAAAGAUCCGGAACGUUAUAACCCUGACCGUUUUAUCCAUCAUCCGAAACUUGCUCCAACUUAUGCAGCAAGUGCCGAGUAUAUGAAUAGAGACCACUAUGCUUAUGGAGCGGGUCGUCGUCUUUGUCCUGGUAUCCAUCUCGCAGAGCAUAUGCAGUGGCAUAUCACAGCAACGUUACUGUGGGCUUUUGACAUCGUUCCUGCGACUGAUCCCGAGACUGGGGAAGAAGAGCAUCUGGAUUUAGAUGCAUUCCGAGAUAGCCUCGUACAGCAUCCAAUGCCGUAUAAGGUUCACUUCAAGAUCCGGAGCCAGGCGCACAUGGAGACAAUGAUGCGUGUCGCGAAAGAGGCAGAAUCAUACCUGCAGCAGUUUGAGGAAAAGUGA